AUGAUAAUUUUUAGAACAUUAUUGAAAUAGAGAUUUUCUACUCAAACUAAUUUGUUAAAUUUCUCAUUUAGAGAUAAUUUUCAACAUGAAUCAGAUGAUGACAUUGAUAUUAUUGAUUCUUCAAAAGAGGAUGUAAAAGUUGUAUAAAAUGAAUAAGAAUUGAUGGCACUCAUUAGUUAACAUGUAGAUCCUAAAAUCUUGAUAGAUAUAUUUAACAAGAAUAAAUAUAUAUUUAGCUUAUAACAUUCAUUACUUACAAUUCGUAUCAUUGCUCAUUUCUUGAAUUCUGUAAAAAAUUAUUAAAGUGAACCUAUAUUUCGAUAAGGAAUGGGGGAAAUAUCAAAAUUAUUAAAUAGUCAACUUGAAUAAUUAACUCCUAUAGAUUUACUUGAAUUACUUUGUUUCAAAUCUAAAUAUUAAGUGAAAGGUCAAUAAUCAUUACUUGAAAAUAUUAAUGAUAAAAUGUUAGCAAAUAAUUUAAAUCAGACAUUAUAAAAUUGCUCUGAUUUUAGUAUUAGACAUUACAUUAAUAUUUGGUAUGAUUCCUAAGUCUUAAAUAUGGUUAUACCAUAAAUUCAUUAAUUAGUUGAAGAUCGAUUAUACACUGAACCACUUUCAUCAAUGGAAGUGAUUCUUUUAGUUAGAUGUGAAAUGAUGAAAUCUUAUAAAAAGAAAUUUGUAAAUUCUACCUUCAUUGAAUUCUGUAUUUCUCAUUAUGAUGCUAAUUCACUCUUUUAUGAUUUCUAACAAGUUACACAAUUUUACAUUAUGUUACUUAAAAUGAAAUAUUAAUAUUUAAACCCAUAUUUGGAAUCACAUCCUAUUCUAAUUAAAAUGAGAUAAUUCUUAAUUGAUAAUCUUAAUGUCAUGGAUGAACAUACAAUCUUUUCGCUCAUAAGUAAUUUUUCAUUGUUGCCUCAAGAAGUUAAUCCUGUUUUAGAAAUCAAAAUUAAAGAGUUUUUAUUUAAAUAAUUAAGUUUGAGACCUUAAAAAAUAUCACUUAAUUUUAUUUAAUAAUUUUUAAUUAAUCUUGAACCAAUCUGUACAACAUAAGAAGUUGAAAAAUUAAUUGAUGAAAUUAUUUAAAGGUUAUUAUUAGAAACUCAUCAACAUUCAGUCCAAUAAGCCAAUAAGAUAUCCCAGAUUAUUUUAAGUUUAUGGAAAUUGAAAUUAACCAUUAAUUCUAGAUUUAAAUUAAAUAUUUUUUCUGAUUAUGUAAGUUAAGUUUGUAAAUUUUCCUUCCUAGAAAAUGGUCUUUUAUACUUAAAAUUUAUAUGUGGAUAAGAUGUUGAUUCCUUCUUAAAUGAAGAGAAUGCAUUCUCACGCCCCCUUCAUUCAUAUGCAGUAAUUAAGAAUGAAAAACUUAAAAUUAAAUUAAAUAGUUACUUAUAUAAAAAAAUCAAAGAUAAUCCUCUAAAAAUUAUAAAUGAAAUUUUAAGUUUCUAAUAUUAAGAUUCAUAAAUCUUCAAAGAUUUACUUCCUACUAUUAUAACAGAGUUUAUGAAAAAAACUCAUUAUUAAGAAAAGUAAUUGCCAUCUUUAUUUAAAUUGUUGAAUGAUGUUAAAUCACUAAAUCUUUUAAAAGAUUGUCUUUCUUACAAAAGAUCAGAUAUCUAUAGAUUAGCCAUUAGACAACACAAUUUAACAGAUUUAUAAGUCUAAAUCUUUGGUGGACGACUAUUAUAAUAAAUUGAAAGAUAUCAUAGACAUGGUGUUUUGAAUCUAAUAUUGAAUUCAAAUCUUGUUAUUUUGAUUGGAAAAAAGAAUCCUGAAUAUUUAGCAGCAAUAAUGAGUAUUAUAAAAUAAUAAAAUGAUGGACUUGAAACCUAUUCAUUUUGUAAAUAUUUAAAAGAUAACAAUGUGGAUUACAGAAAAGUAUUAUAAAAUUCGUAACGCAGAGCUAGAUUAGAAAAAAUAGAGGAUCUUUAUAAUCCUGAAAAAUGUG